AUGACUGUUGUUCAGUUAGAAGAAAUUGAUGAAUUAGUUGUAGAUAAUGCUAGUUCAUCCACACCUAAGCCAAUAUCUAAUAAUUAUGCAAAUGCUUGUGGCUUUAAAGUUAGACGUUUUGGGGAAAAAAAGUCUAAUGGUGUUAUUAUGAUUAAGUAUUCUAAUACUACGAGAAAACGUUUACAUUCUCGUGUGAAUUGUCCUACUUUAAUUGGUUUUCGCAGAACUAAAGAUGAAAAAUAUGUUGUUUUUAAGUUUGUAGAAGGUCAUAACCAUGGUUUUGCAUCUCCUACUACUAGAUUGCAUAUGAAAAGUUCAUCUUACAUGCACAUUGGAGAAAAAAGGGAUUUAAAAGGGUAUAUUAAUGAUGCUGAUGGUCAAAUGUUUGUUGAAAUGUUUCUUAGGAAAAAAGAAAAUUACCCUAGCUUUUUCUUUGAUUUUGAUGUUGAUGAUUGCAAAUCACUAUGCUUGGCAAUAUGGGCUGAUGAUAAUCAUAAGCAAUGUGUUACAUUUCCCGUUGGUUUAAGUAGCAAGGAGGAUGUUGCGUUAUAUACAUGGCUUUUUCAGACUUUUUUGAAUGCUAUGGGCAGGAAACAACUGUAUUCUAUCAUUACUGAUCAAGACCCUGCUGUUAAGAUUGCUUUGCCGACAGUUUUUCCAAAGUCUGUUCAUGAAUUUUGUGUAUGGCACAUAAUGAAAAAGUUGAAGGAUAAAGUAUCUGUUGAAUUGCGUAGUGAUGAAAACUUUCUUAAAAGAAUUAAUUAUUUGGUGUACAAUAGGGACAAUGAGCCACAUGAAUUUGAAUCUGAAUGGUCAAAAUUGUUAUUUGAUUAUAAGGAACACAUGUUAGAUGAAAAUGUUUGGUUGUCAACUAUGUAUAAUAUCAGGGAAAUGUGGGUUCCUGCUUAUUUUAGAUCUAUUUAUAUGGGUGGUUUGUUUAGGUCUACAUCAAGGUCAGAAAGUGAGAAUAACUUUUUUAACUUUUUUGUCAAUAGAUUUCUCACUUUAGUUGAGCUCUAA